GCAAACACUUUUAAGUCUUAACAGUACUUCUACACAGCUCCUAUAAAUUUGGCUAUCUGCUUCCCCCUAACUAUAUAUAUAUAAAAUCUAUACUUUCUGUUUCCCUCAUCAUUCAUACACAAACAAAACUUUACUAUCAAACAAGAAAAAUAAAGAAGAUUUUCUUCAGGAAUUGCUACUUCGUUGUAGUGGCCCCAACUAGCUAACCGUUUUUCCUCAGAAAUGUAUAAUUUUCCGCCGUCAUUAAUUCUGGGGCCACGGCGGCGUAACUUGGGAAUGGUGACGCCGGAGGAGUUGAUAAUGUAUCUUAUUGACAUUAAUCUUCGUGGAGAUGUUCUUAUUCAUCUCAACAAACUCAUUAAACAGAUGGGAGAAAAUUGCAUCGAUCUUGCUUUGGAGUUGUGGAACUCCUUUAAUACAGUCUACAUACUGCUACAGGAAGUAACGGCAGUGUACCAGAGGUUUUCAACCUCAACAUUAACCAUGGAGGAAUCUACUCGAGUUCGUAAUGCUCUUGCUGUACUUCAGUGUAUGGCCUCUCAUCCAGAAGCAAGAUGGGGGCUUAUCAAAGCAAACAUACCACAUUAUCUUUACCCAUUUAUCCAAAUUUCUACAAAUGAAAAGCCUCUGGAAUUUGUGAGGCCUGGCAGCUUGGAUCUUAUCGGUGCCCUAGCAAAGUUUGAUGAUCAAUAUGGGCCAGAAAUUCUUAAUUUUUUUCUAGAUACACAACUAUUUCCUAGGUGCCUGCACUGCAUGGAUCAUGGUGAUAAACUGACUGGGAAGGUAGUUCGAGGUGGUCAUAUUCUGCUUCUUUACAGAGAGCGUGAAUUGUAUAUGUCUUCACCUUUUGCGCUGAAACUUAUUAAGGUUAUAAAAAGAAUUGAUACUGGAGUGGAACAUUGAUUGACAGCUGGAACUUAGACAUGGUUAUCACAUUAAUUGAUGGGUGGGUGGUGCAAGUCUUGCGUCGACUGGUAUAGACAAACUUACUGGAAGCCCUGAUUUACAGCUGCUAAAAUAUGCUGUUCAAUGCUACCUAAGUCUUUCAUGAGGAUCAAUGUUAGGCGGGGUAUGUGAUGCUUUGAGAUGCAAUUUUCCUCCACAGCUAACUGACUACACCUUUCACAACUUUUUUCGUGAAGAUCCAGAGAUUCCAAAUAUGCUGCAGAAGAUAUUGUGCAAUAUAAAUCGGCCGGGAUAUAGAUCAUAAUUUCUAGGAAGAGGAUUGAAGCAUUGACUAGCAUGUACAGAUAGCAAACAUCAUAAAAGUCUUGGGAAGGAAUUCAACCCACUUGCUUUAGAGAAUCCAAUCCCUAUAUACUUGUAGGAAGAUAUUAUUCGGGAAAGGAAUAAAGAGCUUUCUUGGGUAACUCAAAUUGUGCUGUUACCAUAGUUGAAUCUUGUAAAGCUUGAAACUUCUUGCAGAGCUUAAACUAGGAGUAUUAGUAUUUCCUUGGUAGUAUACUACAAUUUUUCAGCUUUACUGUAGUAUAUGUAAAUGGUGAGUAUGAACCUCCAACUAGCUUUACUGUUUGCUUGCAGCUUUACUGUAGUAUAUGUAAAUGUUUUGAGUAUGAACCUCCAA